AUGCAUCAAAGAAAAGGUACGAAGCAACAACAUAUAGGCCUGGCAUCAUUGGAUAAUGAUGAACAUUAUAAACAACAACAAAAACAACAACAACAACAACAACAACAACAAAAUACACCAAACACUCCAGCACGAUUCGUCUUGAAGUUGAUUGAGCGCGUUGCUUGGAUUGGUAUCGGUCUCGCAUUGGCCUACUACACCGAUGCCCUCAAUGUCCUACUCUAUAAUCCUCUAAUCGACAGGAUGUACUUGAGCAUUGCUAUUUUGUUCCUUGUUACAUUCUUUGCCUUCUACUUCUAUGUUGCUUACAUCUGUGGCGGACGUCAUCACAACAGCAAUGAUUGGGAGAAGUUGUUUCCCAAAUCGAUCAAGACUGCAACAGUGGCAAUAGUACUCUUUACCAUCACUUUCAUGUUGGCCUGUUGGCCAGUGUGGCGCUGGUUCACACCUGUCUACAUGCUUAUCUACACCAUAGCAGUGUCCUACCUGAUAUAG